AUGGACGGGGGCGGCGGCCGUGCCGCCAGCAGCGGCGGCGCCCCCGGAAGCAGCGGCACAUCGGGGCGGUGGCGGAGGAGGACUUCCGGAGGAGGAAAAGCUGCCGUCGGUGGUGUUGGUGGAUGCAUUCAGUCACUAGGUGCCGACGUACUCUGCGCGAUUUUUGCGCUUCUCGAUCACUUCGAUGUCGCUCGCUGCGCCGCCGUCUGCAAGUCCUGGUUCGUGUUCUCUCGUUUUCUUGCUCGCCUUUUCUCCGCAUUCCCUGCGACUAUGUCGAAAAUCAUCGCGUCCUACACUUUGUAGAAAGAAAAUAAGGCAGUCUUAUUCUCUGUACAGUGAUGUCGACGAUAAUUUCUGUGAUUUCAAGUCUUCGGAAUGGAUUGGAUGGGGGAGGGGGGGACUUUUGGGGGGCAGAUUCUUUCUGCUGCACUCCGUGUACUGUUCAUCAUAAUCGCGUGAGAGGCUUUGGAAGUUCUUUCUAAUCUUUGGUGGCUUGCGAGUAAUGGCCGGUAUAUCUGGGUUCGGAAGGACACGCGGUUUUUCUUUUUUUUGCUGCGUUCCGUGAGAUCAGGGUUGAGAGCCCCAACAAUUUAUUCCAUAUCGUUUUUGAUCAACGAGAUGAUGAUGGAACGACGUGUAUGGGGGGAGGUUAUUGUAGCGUCCUUGUAUGAUAAUUUUAUAUACAUCAUUUCUUUUGCAUAAUUAGAUUUUUCUAGUUUGCUCAGUAUAUUGACGUGCAUUAUAUUGUUCUAGUAUCAUGGCGCAUUGACGUGCAGUCAUGUUCUCUGCAAAAGAUCUUUUUCUCUAUGCAUUUCAUACGUCCUACAUGGUAACUAAUGAUCAAAAUUUCAUGUAGUUUUUUCGUUUCUUUGUAACUCAGAGAAUAUAUGGUGACAAACGAUGGCUUUUUCUUAUGAAAGUAUCAUCAGAGAAUAUAUUCGAAGUGCCUCUUACAUUUCCUAAUUUUGUGACUAAGAUCAGGUCAAUUAUAUGGCAACAGAUGUUACCGUUUCUUGUAUAAAACUGAUCAUAACCCUUGAGGAUGGGGCUGAUUGAAGAACUUAAGCUACAAUUUUUUUUUCCAGGCGUGACAUCAUCUUCUCAUCGACUUUAUUGCGAGAUAUAUAUUUCAAAAGAGGUCCACGUAUAUUUGGUACCACUGAUUUACAAGUUCCAUUAGGAACUCCACUGAAAAAUUACUUGGAAGAACUAGCAAUGGAACAACACAGACUUGCUUUGAUAAAUGGUCAUGCAGAAGUUCAUCAGUGGAGUGGUCACUCUGUCAGGUCCUUCUCUUGGCUCUUAGAUGUUUGGUUGCAAAUUCCUCUGGAUAUUUGUUUUACGUGUCAUUCUACACAGUUACAUGUUUUUGAUACCAAACUGUCAAUUUUUUUCCCUUUAAUUCUUCUUUCUAAUUUCAGAUCUGAAAGAAGCCUAUUUGGACUAAGGGAAACUCUAGGAUGAUCUUGAUAGCAUUUUGAGAUGUGGGGGGUGAAGGAGGGACAAUGUACAUUGAUCAUUCUACUUGAUUUUUUUUUCUUAUAGUAUGUUAUUUAGAGCAGGUUUGCAAUUGAUAACAUGUACGAUAUGAGUGACAUCCUGCCGUGAACCCAGGCCAGAAACACUGCCGUUGGAUAGGGAAAAAAAAAGUCUGUUCUGGGGUAGGCUUUGGAAAAAAUCUGUGGGGUCUGGGCCAUAGCCCUGUCUCCCAGGUAUUGUAAAACGCAUCUGUGCAGGCCUGGGCUUUGCAGGGCCCAAUCCCUUGACAACCCUAGCUCCAAGUGAAAGAGGAAAAUUUAAAUUUUGUAAUCAGUGUAAUUAUUUAAUGUGGGAUAAAUACCUUACCACGUGAUAUUAUUUUCUCACCUCACGAGUUUCCUUCUUCUUUUAGUAUUAGCCAAUGUCGCAUGAGGAGGGGCUUGGUUCUCACUGGAGUUGGGGACAAGGUGUGCACUUUCCUUUACGUAAUGUAGAGUAUUUUUUUUGUUGUCCCUCUGUCAGAAACUUUUUGGGAGAACUUUGAACCUGCACUUGUAUGUCCCUCUUUUGAAUUUUCUAAUGAAUUUAAUGUAUUGCAAAAUCCUGUGGUUUUACAGUCUGAUAGUUACACUCCAUCGUACAGUUUGAUAUGCGGUUUUUACGUUUUUCAUGAACUCUUCAGUUUAAGUAAUACAUAUCUUUCCUGAAUAUUAGGCAAUACGACUAUGGUCUGCAACAAACUACCAAUGUUUGGGUGUAUAUUCCGUUCCUGGUAUGAACCCAUUGGUUGAUUUUGAUUUUGAUGAAAACAAGGUAAGUUGUAGAAAAUUUGCUUCCUUUGAUGUCUGAUAUUACUCCUUGAAAUAUUGUAAUCUUAUACUUGUUGCAUCCUUUUAAAAAAAAGGCACAGUGUUAAAAGCAUUCAUUGGUACAUGUCAUCUCGAAGGCAUAUUGUGAAUGUCCUUGUUGCAUAAAUAAUGAUAGUUGUUGACAAAAGUUACAAUGGAACCCUAUAUGUAUCUCUUUCGGAUGCACAAUCAAUGUCAUAUUUGGUGUUAUAAGAUUUGUUAGUGAUGCAUACUCACAGUGUUAGGGGCUACCAUGUGAGAUGAUUAUUGGACAAAUCAUACCAUCAUGACACGUACAAAAUGAGAAUUUAUACCACAGCAAACCAUCCCACCAUUUUGAUGAAAGAUGUACACUGUUCCAUACGCAUGAAUUAGUUAAAUUAUGUGAAAACUCUUCUCUUUGGUUCUUAUAUGUGAAGUUUUUCAUCAAGCCUCAUCUCUGUUUCAUUAAACCUGACGAUUUAAACUCGGUUUAAGAAAGGAUAUACCUUCUGUAUAUUUUUUAAAUUACAAAGUGAUCAAAAUGAAUAUCCAUGUUAUCAUCCAUCUAACAUGAUCUUGAAUCCUCCUUACCUUCUUGAUACUCUUCGAGGUAGAGACCUGUGCCAUCUUUUGCAAGAGUCUUUGUUCUUUUUGCUAACAGUGUUGAACAAGCAGAUCGUUCUCGUGUCAAAUCAUUGGUAAAUGGAGUCUCUUUCAUUGCCUUCUGUCUUUGCUCUCUUUGCUGUCUUCUCAUGUCGACUAUAACUUCUGUCUAUGGCAACUCCCCAUCUUCUCAUUGUCAUGGUACCUCAUAGCUAUCACAUUUGCCGCUAACUACCUCUGCUACUUUCAUUAACUGUUGCUGGAUCCCUUGCUACUUAGUUUCGUAGUAUGAAAUCCACUAGUCACACCAGCUCUACCUCUUUGUUGCACUCCAAGAGUGAGAAUUUUAUGUUUGCUUUGUUGGAUUUCUAGUCUUUGCUGAUGAAUCCCGGAUGAAUUGGAGGAGACUGCAUGAUACUUAAAUGCAUUAGACUCUAUUCAUAUGUAUUAACUUCAUAAACUUAAGUGCAAUUAGAGUCUGCUUCCUGGUCGAUUCAGGAUAUGGCUCUCAAUGUGCUUGAAUUAGAUGUAAGAUUCGUUUAAUAUUUUUGUCUUCUUCGGUGUGCUAUUAUGCUAACUAUCCGCUAUGCCUUGCCAUAUUUGCCUUUAACAUAUCCUUGGCAUACUCCUUACUUUGAUGUCAGAUCUCUGUCCCAUCUUCAAUAGGGAGCAAAAUAAUUCCUUCACGUAUUUUCUUCUUGGGUAUGGUGAUGAGUUUUUUUGGUUGUGUCAGUCUAAUGAUUUGUAUGUAUUGGUGGCAAGUGCAUGCACCCCUGCGUAAGUAGAGGUGUCGAAUGAAGAGCGAAUCUUUCUUCUUAACUGUGCUGGUCUCUCUAUUCCUAUCUUCCCCUCUCCGGGUUGUUGACAAUCUUUCUUUCUUUUUUCCCCCGUGUUGGUGCCUUUUCUGCUCUUAUGUUCUCAUACUACUGUUCUUCCUUUAUUUCCUCCUGUCUCUCUCUACUCUUAACUUUUCCUAAAUUUAUCUCUCUUCUUCUAUGUCCUAUAUCUUUUAAUCUAUCCCUAGCCCUUUUACCUGUAUGCACCCCUGGCAUCUAAUAACUUUUCUUAUUGUCUCUUACCUCAAUUUGCUUUUGUCUUAAUGAAAAUUGCCUGAAUGUAUUGUUGGAUGCUCUAGUUUGUGAGUAUUUACACAAUUGAUCACAGUAAUAACAUUAUCCCUUUUUAUUGGUCGAUUUCAUUUGUUGAUUUAUUUAUCUAUCUUGUGAAAAUCUCUCUAUCUUGUCAAGUACUCGCCCUCCCAUAAAGAAAUAAAAUAAAGAUAAUCAUCUAAUCUUUAAUUUCCAGGUUGUUGGUCUGGUUGGAAGUCAAAUAUGCAUUUGGAGGCGCAAUGGGAAGAUGAAUAUUCUUCAGUCAAGGGACCAUAGCUUUGCCCGCAGCUUAUGCAUGCGGUAUGUGAUUGUGAAAUACACAAGACGGUCCUUCUUGUUAAACUGUUGACGUUAGUUAAUUAUACCAGAAUCCCAAUGAAAUGUUUACCAGCAUCGCAUGACUGCGUCAAAUUGUGUAAACAAGUUGUCUUCUAGAAGAAAGGCUAUUUGAUUUACGAACUUUAACCUGGUCAAAUGUUUUGCCUUUUGUUUGGAUGCUAUGUUCUGUUUCUUAAAUAUCUGGUAAAACCCAUAUUUAUAAUCUGGUGUUGUUGUUUGAUUUUUUCAUACUCCUAUACAUAUCAGCAGUUAUAACCAAAGAAAUAUGAUGGUAUGUAACAGUAGACUUGCUAUUGUGUUUGCAAGGUUCUUAAUUUGCUACAUUAUCUGGAUCUGUUGGGGUUUGAUUUUUCAAAACUCCAUGCAUAAUGAAAGAAAUAGGAUGGAGUGUAAUAAUUAACUUAGUAUUGUGAUAGUAAGGCUCUUAAUUUUCUAUGUUAUCUGGACUUGUUGUUUGUGACUGAUAAUUGUGGAGAAGCAGAUUUUCUCUAAUUUGUAUUUUCAAAAUAUUUUAAUGUUUUUUCGCGCUUAUUUUUAUGGUUUAUAGAUAUUCUUAUCCCAUCAUAUUUUGGUAAGGAGCAUAUUUUACUGCACGUAUGCUUCCACAAAAAUAUCUAUUUUCCGUUUUUCUUACGAGUCUUACUUUUUGCACGAAAUAUGGAGGGGUCACAUAGAAGGCUAAUAGUCACGAUGCCUAUUCUGAUUCUCUGCAUUCUUUGCAGAAGCUAAAAGACUUUCUGUUUACGUUGAUCGCUCCAGUUAAGUUUAUAAAUGUUUUUUUGGUCAUAUUAGCUAAAAUUCCUCUGUCACCACUUAGAUUGAAUUCUAAGUAUUAUCCUUUAAUUUCUGUGUAUUUUUUUUUACCAUGUCAUCUUUCAAUGUUUAUCACUAUUCUCUCAGAUAUCUUGAUCCUGAAGCUGUCGUUGGUUGUGAAGAUGGAAGAAGUCGUGUAUUUGAUAUGUACAGUGGCAGCUGUUCAAAGAUCAUCCGGUAUUUUCUAUGACUCUUAGCUGAGUUGUGGUGUGAUAUGAUGUCUGCAUUAUUUUGGCAAGUAUAUUCAGUAUCCUUCAAAGAUUUUUCGCAAGAAAUGGCGGCUAAGGAGUAAUUCUGCCAUUAUCAGAUUCAAUGAAAAUAAAUGCAUUGAUGAAAACUGGAUAAAUUGCAAAAGAGUAAUGAAGAGGACGAAAAAAAAUCUUGUUAACUGAUAAUUGUUCAUCUUGUAUAUUCUUGAGGCAAAAUAAUUACUUUUACAUGGAAAAUAUCAUCAAUCAAUACUGAUGCUUCCAAACAUAAACACACUGGAGGAUAACUAAAUUCAAUGAAAUUUAUGGGAGAUAAGAUCAUCUAAUUAAUGUCCAGAUUUCUACAAUGAUUGAUAUACUAUGUUUGCCGAAGUGAUGCAGAUUAAGAGUCUCAUGGAGUGGUUAAGGAAGAACCUCUGGAGCUGUUGCAAGCCUACAAAUAUGAAGGACGAGAUUAAUCCUAAGCUUUAAAUUAGAUGGUUUGCCUUAAGAUUUGGUUUUCAUUACGUGAUGAACAGUUUUACGACUUCUAGCUACUAGAAAUUUUCUAGUAAUCCUGAUUUGAUAGAGAUAAAGGAUUAUGAUAUAUAGAACUGAUCAGUACAAUCUGAAAGUAUUGAAAUGACGAAAAAAUAAUUCAAAGUGUGGAGCUGACUGAAAACAGGAUAGAGAUUGGCCAAAAAAACAAGCUGGAUUGGUGAUUCUACUAAUUUCUGUCAUUUUUCUGUUUCUUGACUUUUAGGGCUGAUUUGAUUUGAUUUGAUUUUAGAGGAUUAAUAGUGUCACGUGUAUUUUUGCCUUUCCUUGAUCUGCUGUUAUUAGCUAGCAAGUUCACACGAGAACUGGGGCCACAGUUGGUCAGCACGCCUGUGCCAGAAUCAAGCUUUCACUCAUUGCAAAGGGAGGAAAAUAGAAUUCUUAUGAUCUCCUUGGUGAAUGACGAUAGUACUCUCUUUCACGACAUGAAAAUCCUCAAGAUGUUUCCAAGUCCUUUUUUCGUUUGAUUGACUGAUGGCACAUGAUAUUUGGGGUUGUGACAUUAGAGCUGAUGUGUCAUGUACUUCGGUUUGGGUUGUUGUGCGUUCAAACUAACAUGGGUUUCAAUGCCUAGUUCAUUGUGCCAAAUUAGUGUAGCACCUUUAUUGAAUGCCUUUGAUUUGUUAACUAGAUUGUGCUGCCAAAAUUGAGAUAAUUUCUGGACUACUUUCUAAUAAGCUUAAGAUCUUGCUUUAUCCUCAUUGGAUAGUUAAGUAAAAAGGGCCUAGCGUUUUCUUACCAAAAUGUUUUCAUUUCAUAACCUUUUCUCCAGCAAUAUAUCAGCUGUGCCAUUCAGAUUGCCAAGGGUGAAUGUUUGCGAACUGCAUGAUUUGGCCUGUUCAAAAAAGUUGCCCAGUUUCAAACAUAAAUUAGUGCCUUAUGUAGGAUGCACCGUUCAUAUUUCCCUACUUUCAUGUGGUGCGAAUGAAUUCAGCUGAUAGAUCCGUCCUGAGCAUCGUGAACACCUUCAAGAUUGAUAUUAAUGGUGUAUAAGUAUGAGAUAAUAUGUGCCGCUCUUCUUUUAUUCAUAAUGUUCUUAUGACUGGCAGGAUGCAUGCAGGACCGGUCACAUGCUUGUCUUUGACUGAUGAGCAACUCAUUCUUGGUGGCUCUUCUUACGGUAGCAUCACUGUCGCUGAUCUUUCAUCUGGUGAAAGGGUCGCUUCCUUGAAAUCCUCUGUUUCACCAAUAGGUUAGUCUACUGUUGCUGGAACAAGUGUGAGUUUUAUUUCCAGUGAUAUCAGGGAAAUAAAUGGAAAAAUCAUUAAAAAACUGAUCAUCAAGUUUGAAAACUUUCUUCAUCAGGAUAUCAGCUGAGUAUAUGUUGUAGUGGUUUAUGUUGUAUACUUGCCUUUUGUCUGUGUACGUGUGUAUUGUAGAUACCUUUGGUUAUAAAUAAUACUCAGAAUGAAUAAACUCCUCUGCAACGUUCUAAAAACUUGCUAUUUCUUUUUAUUUAGUCACUGAAUUUCCAUUUCAAUGCAAAGAAUAUCCAUCGGUUGUUCCACAACCUUUUUUUAAUGUAUUUUUUUAACUUUUUAACAUCUUUGAUUACAUUCUAUUCAAUAUUAUUUUUUUCCAUCAUCUUUGAUGCAGGUAUUAGCAGCCUAUGCUUUAACGUAAACAACCAUCUCAUAUUUGCUGGAUCAACUUCUGGUUACUCUCACUGUUGGGACCUCAGGUGAGCAUUUACUUCCACAUCUGGGAUACUAUCCUGGUCUUUAAUUGGGAAAUGCUUCAUUUAUUUUCUCUCUCGUGGGGUUUUAUUGUUAUUUUUUACUUGUUCUUGUUUUACUGCCCACGUCAAUAAGAUUUUGUGCACCUUCGUUUCCUCACUGCCCAUCUCCGGUCAGUUGUUUUAACUAUAAUAGCUCAAGGACCAUAAUCUUUUCAUGGUAUUUUCUUCUGGGUAGCAACUUAACAACCGGAGGCCUAGGAAAUGUCAAAGUGCUUUUAAAAGUGCUGAAACGAUGAACAGCAGGAUCCUUACUUUUAAGGGCGAUUUCAUUGGAAAAUACUAGUUUUUAAUUUUAUUAAAAAAAAUGUACCAUGAAAAAUUAAUCCAUGUGAGACCCUUCAUUGAGAAAAAUUAAUCCCAUAUGGGGGAGUCUCCUACGAUAAAUCCUCCAUAUAGUACUGAUGUAGAACACUGGAACUUCAAAUGCCUUCUCGAAUCAUGGGUUAUUUUAGUGAACUCCAACUCUGUAUUUUCUACGUUUAGUUCUCCAUUGAUCGUAAUCUUUCCAUAACUAGGCCAAGUGGAUCAUCAAAGACAAAUUUCACGUAAUUCACAAAUUACCACUCCUGCCAUGACCUCAUUCCUGCAAACCUCUAGACACCAAUAACUAGAAGAGAAGAAAAUCUCUCCUUGAAAAUCCCACAGGAGGGAGAGAUCUGCAGGGCUUGGGUUGGGCUGAGGGUGGUUUUACAAGUUAUCCAAAUUUCUGUAGAGUAUUUUGGUUCUUAAUUUGAUUAGAAAGUGUUGUUGAUAUCCUUUCAUUUUAAUGCAUAAAACCUGAAUCGGUCAGUCCAACUCGCAUUCCCACAGACCCUAUUGCUGCAUAUUUUCAGUUCUCACUGCCCAUUUUUCUUAUACGUGAUUGCUUUUCAUGGAAUGCCCAUAGUUUAUUUUUCCAGUAACAUUCAGAGGGGAGUAAUUCACUCAGUACAUCACUGAGAUCGAUUUCUUGAGCCGAAAACCUUCUUGUGCUCCCAUCUCAGGACCUUGAGGCCACUCUGGGAGGUGAGGACAAGCUCCAACAUCAUCUACGCUGUUCAUCAUCUCCCUGGUGACACAGCAACAAUAUCAGCAGGCGGCAUCGAUGGUGUUCUACGGUUCCUGAGCCAGCGCACAGGUGAGGUCCUUGCAAGCUAUGUGAUGGACAUAAACAGACCUCCCGCCCCUGCCAUGCGCGAAGAUAACAAGAAGAUCACGCAGUGUCAAGCAGUGGCUCUCCCCAGUGAUGCUCAUAUCGGUAGCAUUCUGCGGCACCGGAGGCCCUUCAUUACUUGUCUAGCAAUGGGGAUGAAGAAGGUGGUCACCACUCAUGGUGAUAAGUAUAUCAGGGUUUGGAGAUUUCAGGAACCAUCUAGGCUAUGA